UCUGUCGGAAGAAAGAAAAUAGAUAUUCUGUUGCUACUUACCUGAGCAAUAAUUUUUUGUAAAUAUAACCGAAACCAAAGCAACUAUCUUUAUAUUAUGUAUGGUGAUUUUGUCAGGCAAGGUCUCGAUUAUAAUUCAGGAUUUUAGUGCAGAGCAGCUUGGAAGUGACUACAUGUAUGGGUCGCGUUUCAGUCACUUAUUUCAUAUUCGUCCCGUUGUCUGACAACAGAAACAGAAAAAUAAUGAGAGGAUGAAAACAAGUUAAUCUGGAAAGGGGGCGCGACGUAAUGUCGUCAUUGAUGUGCUAAUUAGCAUGACGUUAUCUUAGCGACAUUUUGAAUGGGCUUUAGUGGGCAAAACAGAAGAGAGAAAAGAGACGAGCGCUGAAACUUUUUCCAGUUGAAGCUGAAAGCGCUGUUAAUGAUCGUGAAUGAAGGACAAAUGUGGAAUAUUUUCGUCUGAUGCCGUAUAUUUAUUUCCAGUCUAACGUUACAGAUCUGGUGUCUCUCCCACGACAAUUCACCAAUAAAUACUGGGAAUAUUCACAUCAUCCUAAAAGAGAAGGACAAACUCCAGGUGUAGCAGCUGAAAUCUGUGUGACUGUUAAAGAUGGAGUUUAUUAAAGAGGACAUUGAAGACAUGAGUGAUCCAGAACCAUCCAGAAUAAAACAUGAAGAUGCAGAGACACAAACAGACUGGAAGGAUGUGAAACAAGGACAUGAACUGAAUAAAGUUGAGGAACAGUGUAACUUAAAAACUCAAAGAAAACGGAAAAUUCUGCACACCUGCUCUCAGUGUGGAAAGAGUUUUUUUCAUUCAUCAAGUCUCAGUUAUCAUCUGCGUGUUCACUCUGGAGAAAAGCCAUUUAACUGUGAUCAGUGUGGCAAAAAAUUUAUUUCAGCAUCACAUCUUAAAAAACACCUGAAAGUUCAUUCAGGUGAGAAGCCUUAUGUGUGUUCUCUCUGUGGAAAAAGUUUUCCACGGCUAAACAGUUUUAAACAGCACCAGAAAACACAUGAUGAAGUGAGAGAUCAUGUGUGUUUGGACUGUGGGAAGAGCUUUACUACAUCUAGUCAUCUGAAACAGCACCAACGAAUUCAUACUGGAGAAAAACCUCACAAGUGCUCAGUUUGUGACAAGAGUUUUGCUCAGAUAGGACAACUGAAAUCACACGAGCGAGUUCAUACUGGAGAGAAGCCGUACCAGUGUACUCAGUGUGAGAAGAGUUUCAAACACGCACCAGGUUUCAGAAAUCAUAUGCGUGUUCACACUGGAGAAAAGCCAUUUAAUUGUGAUCAGUGUGGUAAAGAUUUUCAUUUGUUGUCAAGUCUUCAGAAACAUCUAAAAAUUCAUACAAAUGAGAGGCCUUACGUGUGUUCUUUUUGUGGAAAGAGUUUUUUACAUAUGACUCAUUAUAAGCAGCACCAGAAAAUACACACCGGUGUGAGAGAUCAUGUGUGUUUGGAGUGUGGGAAGAGUUACAUUGCAUCUGUACAUUUGAAACAGCACCAAAGAAUUCAUACUGGAGAAAGACCUUACAAGUGCUCAUCUUGUGACAAGAGUUUCCGUCGGUUGGGACACCUGAAAUCGCACGAGCGACUUCAUACUGGAGAGAAGCCGUACCACUGUACUCAGUGUGGAGAGAGUUUUAGACAUUUAUCAAGUCUUCACACUCAUUUGAAAAAAUGUCAUGAGAAUGCAUCACAGUGAGCUUCAUUCAUUUUCAUGUCAAAUACGUUAAAUAAACAAAAUAUGGAGUUGCUCCCAAAAGCACAAUGUCAUCUGGUUUAAUGCUGUGAAUUUGUUGAAAUGCUUGGAAAACUUGAAAUACUCAAGAUUUACCAGUCAACAUUUACAGUGUAAAAUAAAAUAAUAAUUGUACAUAAAAUUAUGAGGAAACAUGACACCUUGUUUUGAUUGAGAAUGGAUGUGGUUUAAUAACAUCAGUGUGUUUAAACAGUAAUACUGUAGUAAAUAUAUUUGAUAAUGAUCAGGUUUGUGUCCAGUUUUAUUCUUUAAAUCAAUGUGGUAACACUUUCAGUAAAUGCAAAAUAUUGAACAAUAAACAAACUGAAA